ACGUAACCGGUACUGCCAAGGUCACUGUCAUUACCACUUCAUCUUGUGCCUCACCGUCCAUUUGUAAUAAGUAGUUUAUCUUCCUGAAUCAUGCCACACGCUACAUAUGUGCUUAUUACUGGUUGCAACCGGGGCAUCGGAAGAGGCCUUUUCCAGACAUAUAUCGCUCGCCCGGAUCAUGUUGUCGUCGCCGCUGUUCGUAACCCGACAGCUGAAAGCUCAAAGGCAUUAUUGCAAGUCACCAAGGGUACCAACAGCAGAUGCAUCUUGGUAAAGAUUGAUAGUGCUUCCGAGACGGACGCCCCGGACGCCAUGAGCACUUUGAAGCGAGACCACGGUAUCACGAAGCUUGAUCUUGUCAUUGCUAAUGCCGGAAUCUCCAAGUACUUUGGAACGGCAGAGGUGACCCCAGUCAAGGAGAUGAUGGAUCAUUUCAAGAUCAAUUCCGUGGCACCACUGCUGUUAUUCCAAGCAACCUGGCCCCUCCUCCACGCCGCAAAAGCACCAAAGUUUGUGACCAUCUCUUCAGGUGCAGGAAGCCUUGGUUUCAUGGAAAAUCUGAAGGUCGAAAAUACUGCAUAUGGCUCGUCUAAAGCAGCUCUUAACUUCAUCACGAGGAGGAUACACUUCGAGAAUCCGGAUCUGGUGGCCUUCAGCAUGAAUCCUGGAUGGCUUCAAACUGAUCUGGGGAAUCAUGCUGCACAGAGCUCAGGGCUAUCGGCGGCUCCUGUUUCUGUGCAGGAUGGUGUAAAUGGAAUCGCCAGUGUAAUAGAUGGCGCGACAAGGAAUGCAACAUCAGGAAGGUUCCUUUCGUGGGAAAACAAGGAGCUACCUUGGUGAUGUGCAUGAUGCACAGGUAUGUAGAUCAGAAGAUGGUUUAUCCCGAAAUUUCAUAGAUAAUAUACUAAAUUGUAUCGGAUAAAUGCUGUUGUC